UUCCCCUCCCCUCCAACGAGUUCCGCUCCGAUCCCUCCGCCCCGCGAGUCCGAGGCGCGUGGUCCCGGUCGUAUUUGGUUGGGCGUGGGGGUUUCGUUUGUUUGUUUGUUCUGUUGCCCGGUGAAGUAGAUUGGGUUUGCGGCGGAAGGCGGCGGCGGCGGCGGCGGUGGUGGUGGAGGAGGAGUAAGUAUCAUGGUGCAGUGUUUCGACGGGGUGCGGCAGCUUGCGGCGGUCCUGUUCAAGUGCUGCGACCUCGAACUCCCGCAGCCCAAGGGGCUCGAGGAUCCCCAGGUCCUUGCCCGGGAGACCGUCUUCAGCGUGAGUGAGGUCGAGGCGCUGUACGAGCUCUUCAAGAAGAUCAGCAGCGCCGUGAUCGACGACGGGCUGAUUAACAAGGAGGAGUUUCAGUUGGCGCUAUUCAAGACUAACAAGAAGGAGAGCCUGUUCGCUGACCGGGUAUUUGAUUUGUUCGAUACAAAACAUAAUGGAAUUUUAGGAUUUGAUGAAUUCGCUCGUGCACUCUCAGUAUUUCAUCCAAGUGCUCCCCCUGAUGAGAAGAUUGACUUUUCAUUCCAGCUAUAUGAUCUAAAGCAACAGGGCUACAUUGAGAGACAGGAGGUUAAGCAGAUGGUUGUUGCUACACUUGCUGAAUCAGGAAUGAAUCUUUCUGAUGAAGUUGUAGAGAGCAUAAUUGAUAAGACAUUUGAGGAGGCAGAUACAAAGCAUGAUGGAAAAAUUGAUAAAGAAGAGUGGCGCAAUCUUGUUCUUCGCCAUCCCUCUUUGCUGAAGAACAUGACUCUGCAGUACCUCAAGGACAUUACCACUACAUUUCCAAGCUUUGUCUUCCAUUCCCAGGUCGACGACACCUAAAUUCUUGGAUUUCUUUCAACUCAAAACAUCAGAAGAAUGCUCAUGCCGGUUUAUUAAGAAUUUUGAUAUUGGGUUGUUGGAUUGGGCAAAGACUCUGGUACUCUAUAGGAUGUUGCUUGUUCAAGUCUUUAAAUUGAUAAAUAACCUUGUUUCUUUCGUUUGGAGCUUUAGUGUGGCGAGAUGUAAUCUGUCUGAACCCGUAGAUCAUGUUUAUUCUCGUCCCCCCUUUCUUAUUUUUUGGCUGUCAGGCUGGCAAUUAUUAGAAUAUUGGAUGCACUUUUGUGAAUCUUCUGUCUUGUGUAAAAAAUAGGAACCUUCAAAAAGAUUGCUCCUUUUGCUGGAAAAUUUUCUAUGGGACUGCGUGUUGCUGGAUCAUGAAAUGCCCUAGCAUCACGAAAUCCUGUCUCAUGGUCUUAUAUGUAGUUUGAUUUUGUUUGGGAUCCUAA